AUGUCCCAACCAGAAAUUACGACUGCUAGGCAGCCAAUUGCAACUACAUAUGACACUAAUUUCUGCUUCCCCGUUCGCGAGUUGGAGAGCGAACGGGUCAAACUCACACCUUUCAUCCCUGAUCUGCACGCGGAUCUCUACUUCCAAGGCUCGAUUGCCCAUCCAGAUCUCCACGAGUUCUUAUCCUGGGAAACAUUUACCGACACUUCAGAUUUCGUGAAGAAAGUUAUCGACGGCCGCGUACGUCCUGACGGGGUAGCCCUCUAUGCCGUUAUCGACAAGACGCGUACAAGCCCUAGCCCCUCCUCAUCAGCCAACUUCGCAGGCAUCAUAGGAUACGUGAACGGAUCCCUUGUAAACCUAUCAAUCGAUAUCGGUUAUGUGAUUAUUCUACCGCCGUUCCAGCGGACGCACGUCGCCACGAAUGCAGUCGGCCUACUCCUUCAGUAUGCUCUCGAUUUACCCCCGCAUGGCCUGGGACUCCGUCGUGUGCAGUGGAAGGCAAAUAGUAAGAAUACUAAGAGUAUAGGCGCUGUGCAGAAAUUUGGGUUUAAACUGGAGGCUAUCUUGCGCUGGGAGAGAAUUUUCGUUGGAUCGAAGACAAGUGCGUCGAAUGGAGUAAAGGAGAGGGAGGGGGAUCCGCGUCCUGGUACUAUCGGGAUGGAUCUAGUAGUGUUGGCAUUGUGCUGGGAUGAUUGGGAGAGCGAGCGUGCACGGGUCCUGCAGGCCAUGGACAGAAGAUCAUGA